AUGUGUGUAUUUAGCUCUCCUUUUUGGUGUUUGUGUUGCAAUAUAGGGAGCAUUACGUUAGUGGGAAGUCGGUACGCUGGAAAUAGUGUGGCGAGUACGAUAAUGUACGCUCGUUUCCGGACUCGAUCGAAAUUUUAUUUUCGACCCGCUCGACCAGCGCUUGCAUAUAAUGUUGAUCCAAAUGUGAUGCGUCGCCCCAAAGUGAAACGUGGCCUUUUAAAAGGAACUUAUAGUGAUGAAACUGUAGACUUGCGUGAUCGUGAGCGUCUCGAGCUGCUGGAGUCGAUGCGACACCCGAGAGAGCGAGAUUUUUAUCAGGAUCACACGUAUCACAACCAAUGGUUGCGAAGGGACCUCGAAAAGCACCAGAAACAGCAAUUAGCAGCCCGUUAUAAAUACUUUGCUCCUGAUUUUGAGAUUUCACCAUGGAUUUGGUACCCAGGUGAUAUUGUGGAAGUAGUUAGUGGCGAAGGCAUUGGACAGCGUGGUACCAUCAUCGCUGUAAUCAAAUAUAAGAAUGAAAUUGUUGUGCAGAAUAUUAAUGUCCAAGAUGUUGUAAUACCGGCAUCAGAGUCGCGGCCGGAACAAAUAGUUCAACGUGAGCACCCAAUUAGUGUGACACGGGUACGGCAUGUGGAUCCAUCCACGAAUGAAAUAUGCAAUAUCGAAAUGGUUAAGGUACGAAACAAGGAGACUGGGGAGAUGGAGGAGAAACGCAUGAGCUUAGAAAGCGGUAUAUUGAUGUCUAUUCCUCCAGUAAACGAUGAACUUGAGGUUGGCGAUCCCUUAAAAGAUACACCAAUUCAGGAUGCAGAUGAAGCAACAUAUGAUCGUGAGGCGGAGCAGGCGGUUCUUGUUGACAAGCGCCUCGAGGCCAUGGAAGAGCAUUUUGUCCAGAGCUUAAAGCACUCUUAUGAGUUCCAUGAACCGCUGCGGCGGAAAAACGCGGAGGAUAUGCGUCAGUUUCAGACUGAUGUUAUCGAUAUGGCGUGUGCAAUGCUGGGCGAGCGGUUACUUGACACUGUUAAUGCUUCCGACACUUCAUCACUCCCUGCGGAGUGGCAGGAAGCGAUUGCCAUGCAUGUCGAGGAAAUUGAAGCAGAAAUGGAAGAGGUUGCGGCAAAGGAAAUGGCUGAAGCCAAAGAAGGGGUAGCAACCGAAAACGAACAACACGACGAUGACUUGGAUGACGAUGAGGAUGAGUUAGACACCUCUGAGGAAAGUGUGAAGCAUGUUUGA